ACCAUAUUCCACCCAUCACCACCACACUCUUUCGCCUCAUCCAAAGGAGUUACAUACUCCAGCAGUUCACGAUUACCAUUUCUUGCCUAUUCCCAUCUAGGCAUUUAGGAUCCUCAAUUCUGGAUCCUUCUAGCAUCACGUCGAACCCUAUUCACAAGAUACCCAAUGUGUAGUAGACAGAACAGCGUUUCCCUUCCCCUCUUCGCUGCUGCUCCACCACCAUCUCCUUUCCUCUCCACAUCUCUCCAUUACCAACGACCACAAUCCCACGGUUUGAAGUCGCCACGGUGAACAGGCAUCGGCCUGACUUCUUUUCGUCUCCCAUCUCGUCCGACUAUCUCGUUGUCGUCGCUCCCACGACAACCACCCAUCAAUCAAUCAAUCAACCAUUAUAGCAAAACAGAAACAACCUCAUAAAAACGACCAUCGACCGAGUAUCGACGUCGAACACACGAACGCCAUGAACUACGCAAGUCAAUACCAGACUCCUCCGCCGAGGUGGACCCCAGGGGAUUUCCAUGGCCACUCCUCCAGCAACUACCCUCCGCCACCAAACUACUACUCUCCACGAUAUGGCACGGCUACUCCUUCGCCCCGUGAGUCGCCCAAGGUCAGCGCCCACCACCGACGAGCUUCGCACGCCGUUCCCAAUGCUGUGCCACCGCAAUACUCUUCGUAUGCAUCGCCUCGAGGGGCCCAGUACGAUGGCUUCUCGCCGCGAAACUAUGCAUCGCAGCAGCGUGCGCCCGACUAUGUAAGUGGUGGUUUCGAUUACGUUCGGCCCAGCCGGCCCCGGCGCGAUACGGAUGUUCCCCCUCUCAAGCGCUUCAAUCGUGAGAGGAGGCACCGUCCCUCGCAGUCGCAAUCGCAAAGGCGAUAUGUGAACAAGGUCUAUUACGAUGACGAAUACGUCUACGAAAGUCCGCCGCCGCCAUACGAACAGUACGCUCGCUACGAGGCGUACGUGGAUGCUAAUGGGUAUUAUCAUCGCCAGAUGCCAAUCUACACGGACACAAAGAAGACCACCACCAGCAGCAGCAACAGGCGUCGCGCAUCCCACUCUGGUGGAUCCAAGCCCUCCCCCGAGAAGCGACAGUCCGCCGCGCGACCAAAGCCCCAGGCCACCGAAGAAGAUGCGCGCCGCGCCGGUAUUCCCGCUGGUUACUCGUAUAAGAAUUGGGACCCUACAGAAGAACCCAUCGUCCUCCUAGGAAGCGUGUUCGACGCCAACUCACUUGGAAAGUGGAUUUACGACUGGGCCGUCCACCACUCCGAACCCGCCUCCCCCAUCUCCGAAAUGGCAGGAGAGCUUUGGCUCCUGCUCAUCCAGCUCGCCGGCAAGGUCAAGAGGGCUGAAGAGACGAUGAAGAAGAUUCGCAAGCAGGAGAGUCGCGAACUAGUAGAAGACUUCCUCGAGAGCGGUGACCGUCUGUGGGACCGCUUCUGCAAGAUGCUCAAGGCAUGCGAGGAGUACAUGUGGAAGCUCGCCCAAAAGGAGACGGGCGAGAAGAAGCCAGCAUCGCUGGGCAAGAACAGUGGCCUCGACUUCGUCGACUCCCUGUUCGGACGCGACCAGCAACUCGAGAAGCUCGAGAAGUGGAUGACCGGUGCCCGCCUCUGGGGCAUGCGGUUCGACGCCAACUGCGAAGACAUCCUUCGCUACCCCUCUGCUUAGGGAGUUGGCCGUCACGAUCAUCAUUAUUCCCUCCUACCAUCACCAACCCAACCUCAUCAAACGCCAUUGUUACCACUAUCAGGAUUUAUGCCUUGGAGAACUCAUCUGGGAAUCGGUUUGCGCUUCCUUAUUUUUGCACUUGUUCCUUGCUCUUACUGCGAGAUACCCGUGCGCUUCCUGUUUGAUUUUUAAUUGUAAUCGCUGCAUUCGCUCAUGGACGGUCCCAAAAAAUGUACUUAUAGUUCCACGACACGGGACGGAUACUGCAUCGUUCGGGCGGGCUAAACAGGUUUUUCCAUUUGCAAAUACCCCAAUACCUUUCCUUUCUCUCAGUCGGAUUUUCUAUUUCUUUUACGGUUCAAACGGGAUUCAUUUCUGGUUCUGGGACAGGCUUCUCAGCGAUUUUUCUUUACAACAAUGGUUUUGUCUAUCGGCUUGUUUCUAGAUAUGGGCG